ACGGCUCCAGAGAGAAAUGGCGGAGCAAAACAUCCCCGGGAGAUAUUCUUUAGGUUUCCGGGAUUAAUAACAAAGCAAAAUACAAUGAAGUUAAGAUUCUGUCUUUAACCAGAGUCAACGCAUCACAGAACGUCAUUAUAACGAAAAAUUAGCUCGUUGACUCAAGGUGUCUGAAUAUUUCCACGACAAGAUGAUCGAGGUGGGGGCCUCUAUGUCUCGGGGGCCCGUGUUUCUUGCAGGAGAACUUCUGGAGUGUCUCAUCACAUUCACCAACCCCAUGUCCCACCUCUCCACAUCUGCCACCAGUGAGAUGCUGGCCUGGGCCAGUGCUCAAAUCCACUGUCAGUUUCAUGCGAGUGAAGGCAGAGUGGCUCUUCCACAGCAGGGCAACAAACAGGACGUCCAGGCUGAGAACAACACUGUCCUCAUUCCCAGCAGAGGAGAACGAGGUCAGUGCGUGUUGGACACUCCACCAAAAAUAUUAUUCUGUGACCUCCGUCUGGACCCUGGAGAAAGUAAAACCUAUUCAUACAGUGAGGUUGUCCCUGUUGAUGGCCCACCGAGCUUUCGUGGCCAGGCAGUGAAAUAUGUGUACAAACUGACAAUCGGCUGCCAGAGAGUCAAUUCACCUAUCAAGCUUCUUCGAGUUCCUUUUAGAGUACUUGUUCUGCAGGGCAUGCCAGAGCCUUCAUUUACACAAGAUGAGGAGGUCUCACCAUCCAAUCCAUUCUUGGAAGAAGACGACGUGAGUCGACGAGACGCUCGGCCACUUGAAAGAGCACUGGACUUGUUAAUGGUCACCACAUCCAGACGGUGUCCUCAUAUGUUUAAUAUUACUAACAUGCGCGGAAAGGUGGCCAAGUUCUGCAUCUUCAAGACAGUUUAUCGGCUCGGGGAGGACAUCAUAGGCACAUUUAAUUUCGCAGAGGGUGACAUUCCCUGUUUACAGUAUUCAGUGAGUCUUCAAAGUGAAGAGGAGAUUCAGCAGCAGUAUCAGCGGCGAGCUGGACAGGGCACUAGUGUAACAGGACACGGGCGCCAUCUAGAGUCAUGCCUGCACACCGCCUCCAGCCACUUCUCUCUCCCCAUUCCCCUCAACGUCACACCCGGAUUCAGCACAGAUAUAGUGACCCUGAGGUGGCGUCUGCACUUUGAGUUUGUCACUGCUCGAGAGCCAAUGGAGCCACCAGUGGUGCAGCAGAACCAAUCGGAGGUCACGGUUUGGUCGGGGGCAGAGCAUGUCGAUGUGGAUACUUUCAGCUGGGAUCUGCCCAUUAAAGUACUGCCCACAAACCCGGCCUUGGCAUCCCACGUGUCCCAGUUCACAGGGACCAACACCAUUAACAUUUGACUCAUUUGACUUUAAAAUCAUUUGUUGUCCAAGAUAAAAAUGAGGACAUGGUCCUGAGUCGUUGUACAGAAUGAUUUUCUCGUUCCGUAUGCAUUUCACGCAGCAGCUGUGCAUCUCUGUAUUUAUUUAAAACUCUAAACUCAUACUGUUAUUUCACAGAUCACAUUUGCUUGUCGUAAUUGGUUACUAUCUUUUACGGGUUAGUUUGAGAAUGGCAGACCUUUACAUUUAAGUGUAGUUUAUGGAAGCAAGAAUUACAGUUUGAGCAGAAUAAUCGUGCAAAUCAUGGCUUGAAUUUUUAUUUGUUGAUUUAAACUGAAGUGUAUUUAAACAGAUGCAUAUAUUACAGUGUAAAUAUGCUUACACAGUAUUUACAUUUCCUGCGAAAUAAAAAUCAAAUGUCAUUUUAUUUGGCACAUUCAGAA